CGAUGACGACCCUCGUAUAACUAAAACUAGACUUUUUUAUGAAAUUCUAGAAAUAUACAUAGUAUAUCCCAGGCUUUCUUGCUCGAACUCUUCUGUCCUGUAAAUCGUGUGAAGUGUGUGGCCAAUACGGUGGGUUUGGGAGGCAGAGAUGGAGACGAAACCUACAGAAAUCAGCAGCUCGAAGAUGUUUGGAGGGUACAACAAGAGAUACAAGCACUACAGCCCAACCCUUGGUUGUUCCAUGACAUUCCACAUUUACUUCCCUCCUUCUCCUUCUUCUUCCCACAAAUUCCCAGUGCUCUACUGGCUCUCAGGCCUAACAUGCACAGACGAGAACUUUAUUAUAAAAUCCGGUGCCCAACGUGCUGCUUCAAGUGAGGGUGUUGCACUAAUUGCACCAGAUACAUCUCCAAGAGGACUGAAUGUAGAGGGAGAGUCUGAUAGCUGGGAUUUUGGUGUUGGUGCUGGAUUUUACCUAAAUGCCACCCAAGAGAAGUGGAAGAAUUGGCGUAUGUAUGACUAUGUUGUGAAGGAGUUGCCGAUGCUUCUCACUGAGCACUUUCCGCAGCUUGAGACGUCACGGGCAUCCAUCUCUGGUCACUCAAUGGGUGGGCAUGGAGCACUAACAAUCUACCUCAAGAACUUGGAUAAGUACAAGUCAGUUUCAGCAUUUUCUCCAAUUGUGAAUCCUGUGAACUGUCCUUGGGGCCAGAAGGCAUUCACGAACUACUUGGGUGAAAAUAAAGCUUAUUGGGAGCAAUAUGAUGCUACCUGUCUUGUAUCAGGUGCUUCAAAUCUCUCUGCUACCAUACUAAUUGAUCAGGGAGAAGAUGACAAAUUCAUGAAUGAUCAGCUUCUGCCACAUAAAUUUGAAGAGGCAUGUAGAAAAGGCAGCAUCCCUCUCCUCCUGCGCUUGCAGCCUGGAUAUGACCACUCCUACUUUUUCAUUUCUACCUUUAUCGAAGAUCACAUCCUUCAUCACUCUCAGGCUCUUAAGCUGUAACUGGCCAAAACCCCAUGUAAGCAAACUAAGUAUACCC